AUGGCAAAGAAACGUUGCAAAACAACGAAAGAAGAUCGCCCAAACUCUGUCGAAGAAUUGGUUGUGCAACGCUUAAGUUCGACCGUGUCUGGGAAAGUGCAAAAAUAUACCCGUGUCCGGGCAAGGGAGUUUGUAGCAUUUGCCUAUGACGAAGUGAAUGUAACAAACAUCAAGAAAGCCUGCGAAGAACAUUAUGGCAGUUCAAUCGGUGAUGACAUGGAGAUAGACGUGUUAGCAGGAGAACAAGGACCAUCCUGUCAGUCUAUGAAGCAUAUAAAAGAUUUACGAUUAAUUUACGUCCGAUUCAUCAAGCGCGAAACGUUGCCGUUGGAUAAUAGCGAAGCUAGCACAAGUGUGACCAAUUACAAGGUCAAGGACAGCGAUUUUGCCGAAAGCGUGCUUCCUAGAAAGAAACCCAAGAGAGAUUUCAUUUCAGAUUCGUGUAUCGAUGAGCGAGGACAGCAUUUACGUGGCAAAAACGAUCUCGCACCUUCUAAAGGAUGAUUUCCACUGUUGCGUUUUUCGUACGCACGUACACGCACGUAAAACUUUAAAUCCUUCUAUUUUUUAAAUAUUUUACAAAUAACUUAACAAAUGCAUACUAAAACUUGCGGAACACUAAAUUCUUUUGCUUUACUUAUUUGGUUAUUUCAAAAGUAACAUUUAAACGGAUUUAAAGUUUUACAUGCGUAUAUACGUACGUAUGAAAAACGCAACAGUGGAAAUCAGCCUUAAGGAAGGGAAUGUAUCUGUUUAUCCGAAAAGCCUUUCCAUAGCUGACAGGUUGUAAAAGGGUCGCCAGCAACGGUUAUUGAAGUUUUAACCUUUUGUACAUCCAGUAUGUCAUGGUCCAAGGUGAAACAGAGCGUAGAAUUCGUCAUCGACAAAAAGUCAUUUAGAGUUGCUUUCAAAGCUUCUUGCUCAACACAUCUGGAUGCUUUCAAUGGUAAAUCGUGGGUAGUUAAAAAGUUUCUGCCAAAAACUCUUGAAGCAGUGCAAGAUUUAGGUCAAACUCCAGAGGAGCAUGCCAGGCGUGUUGUGCAAAUGCAUUGCGUAGCUCGUUAUUUUGCACAACAAUUUGCUGAGCGAAUUGCAAAGGAAGCUGCAACCGUUAGAUUUGGAGAAAGUUUUGUUUUUAAAAAAGUCUACACAGAUUCUGGUGAAGUCGUGACCAUUGAAGAGUUAAUCAAUGGCAUAUUUACCAAAUACAUCAAUAAUACAGGAUUUCUCUGUGUUCCAGAAGAUAAUGUGAUUGGACAAAAAGCGGAAACAUUUGUACAUUACUCAUUUGAAUUAUCCAAAGAAAAGCUAAUGGUGGUUGAUAUACAAGGAAGCGAUUUGAUUUGUAUGAUCCAGAGAUUGCUUCAGAUCAAGCAGUUAGUACUAAUGUAA